GAGGUUGACAAAGACUUGACUUCCCGUUCUCAUACUUCGCUGCCAGCCGACCAGGAAGUGAGCGCCGUACCAGAGACACCAUCAGUGGCUACACAAACGCGUCUACCGACCUCGUGGUUCUUGCCAACUGCUUCGUCCAAGUCGAAGAAGGCAAUCAUAGAUCGUAGCAAGACCGGCCCUCCACUCGUUUCAUCCAGAGGUCAGAGUAGUCGCGAAACGAUGUCGACUUCUGGCAAGUCUGAUCUUAAAUCCCAAACAGCUCAAGGCCUAGAACACUCUCUUCCCGGAAAACGUCCUCCUGGUCCGUCAAAUUUGAGAGCUCAGGAGAGCAGUACACCUGAUAUUGAUUCCUCUUCUGCGCAAGAUCCGACGCCCUCAAGUGAAGCGAACCAAUCUUCGCAAUCGAUACUGGUAUCUUCCUCCUUUACUUUGGAUGACUCGUGUAUCAAGGACUUCCCCAAUGAUAACAGGGAAGCUAAAGAUACAACUACAAAAGAGAUAAAAGCUAAGCGGAGCUUUCGAGAUAUCUUCCAUAAGCGUGAGAUCAAACCCACUGAGAAGCUACCCAAGCCUGCAGAGACGAAGCAACCAUCCAUGGCAGGAAGUACCCUUGCCAGGCGCUUCAGAAACUCUACAAACUUCUCCAAGGUUACCCUGCCUAGAGUACUAGAGUCGAAGGCGCAGCGUACACAUGAGUCAGACUUCAAGAAAGAUACGAACAACAUCGUUACAAAAGACACCGAGCGACAGGCAGCACUCUCUUCGCUGGAAGCGACAUCAUCCAGCCUCGUAACAGAGAUUCCACCGGUGAUCCGUUACGAUACUACAACUGUGAUCAAUAAGAUUAUUGAUCGUGUAACCUCAUUGCCUUCGGACUCCCCUGACCGCCUGCGUGGCCUCGAAAUCGCAGAGGCUGUUCUCCAUGCGGUUGAGUGCUCCAAGGAGGUAAAACUGAGCGCCGAGAAGGCAAGAAAGCAUGCGCGCGACGCAGAGUUGAAUGCUGGACGUGUUACUGUUGAGUUGGAGAGGCUGCAUAAACUGUGUAAGGCUGAUUUUGAUGGUGAGACACUAACGACUAUCAAAGAGCUUAUCAAAAGCGUUGGAUGUGUUGUCGGGGAGAAGGCGGCUGAAAGUGCUGUUCUCAGCAUGUAAAGAGUGCUGGUAUAAGGAUUGUACCUUGACAUGACAGAUCAAAUCCCACUAGGAUACUAUUCAAAACUGGCGUUUCGUCGGUUGAAAAUGACUUGCCUUCUUUUGUGUUGGUGAACAAAAGCCAUUUGAUCACGAUGCACAUGUGUGCUUGAUUUGUUUGAACGAUUUGGUUUGGUUUUCAGCCAACCCAACCCGCGAUGCUAUGCCAUCCGUUUUGAAUUGGCUUGGCCUCAUCUCUAGUCGAAUGCGUCACGGAAUACCGAAUUAGCGGAGUGAGGGCGUACUGCUAUGCCUC